AUGCCCCAUACACCAACAAAAACCAUUGAUGCUUAUAUUACACCUCAAACAGUAACAAGUGCACCUAUCAAGAUUGCAGAUAAUGAUGAUUCUGAAGACUAUAUGUAUCUUGGCAGCAGCAACGAGUCAAAUCUGUCUUCUAGCUGGAGCUCACAAGGCUCUUCAUUUGAUCAACGCAGUCAUCGCUCAAGCAUAAGCUCAAUGACAUUAUCCAAUAUCCUAUGCGAUUAUUAUGUCCAAACCCAAAAAAAUCAUCAAGAUAAUAACAGUGAUGUUCCUCUAGAAACAUACAAGAUGUUUGAAGCCUCAUAUCCAUCUUAUUGUCGUUCUGGUAGCAAUGCUGAUGACGACGAUGAAAGCUGGUUUAUUGGUGAUAAUUUCCAAAAAACACGAGAAUGGAUUCAAGUAGUUGUAGAUGAAGAAUUGCAGCUGUCAACUGAAAAAACAGCAGAAGCAAGCUCAACAAUAGAAAUCAAGACAAGAAGCCUGCGUACCAACCCUGCUCAUUUACGUAUGAUUAUAGCUGAAGUGAAUAUGAUGCGCUCCAACAAGAUUGUUGGCCCAUUAAAACCUCGAGGUUUCUUAGCUGCUAGAACUGAUAUAUUUAAACCUUGUUUACCCAGUCCUUUAAAAAAAACAUUUUCAUCUUGUUAA